UAAAAACCAACCAUAGUAGAAGACUUCCUAAACAUGUCGAAAGUUAAUCAUAAUAGGAAAAGAAAACAUCAGUCGAAAGAAGGAGAGGAAUUUGAAACCAAUCGGCCUAAAGCAAAAUUCCGAUCUCGCGAUGACCAAGCAGAGGAAGAGCAAUUGUCCCAUAUUUUGUUCGGGGGAGCCACGAGUUUUUUACAAUGUCUAGAGGAGGCUGAGCAGGAAGCAGGGCCCUCUCGAGCUAACGCAGAUUCCGGCGUAGGCGAAACUGAUACCGAUGACGAAGAAAAAGUACGAAAACCUGCAUGGACUGAUGAAGAUGACGACGGUAUAGACGUUGGACAGGCACUAGACAGUCAAAGGCGCAAGUUACCUUCAGGAGGCAUUAACGAUAGAAGUAACAAAUAUUCCAAUUUGCUUAAACAUAAAUUCCAAUCUGCUGUUGGUACUCCAAAGUGGGCGUCUUUAAAUAAGCGCAAAAGAACAGAAUCAGACUCUGAUGAAGAAAUAUUAAGGAGUUGUGGUUUUAUUAAAAGUAGUAAAGGCCAGUUACCUUCUAGUAUAUUAGAAUUUAAGAAAGUUAAGGAUUUAAACUGUGAGACUUACUCAGAAGGGCCUUACAUUAACUCUAUAGAAUUCCACCCGACUUCCAGUGUAGCUUUAAUAGCAGGAAAUGGAGGAGUUGCUACUUUAUAUGCAGUAGAUGGCAAAAGAAAUAAUAAGCUACAUAGUAUAAAAUUCCAAAAUUAUCCUAUAGUUUGUGCAAAAUUUUUACAGAAUGGAAACGAAGCUCUAUUAGGGUCUAGGCAGUCACAUAUGUUCAGUUAUGAUUUAUUGGCAACAAAACCUACAAGAUACACAUUACCACAAGGAUUAACACAGUGUAAGAACUUUGUAAUUUCACCAGAUUCCCAGUUUAUUGCUAUAGCUGGUAAAUGGGGAGAGGUACAUCUAUUAUCAGCCACUUCUAAAGAAAAAGUGGCCUUAUUGAAGCAAGAAACCGAAGUCACUGCUUUAACUUACAAUCCAUCAGGAAAUCUUUUAUUUGGGCAUAGCAAUACAGACGAAAUAACAGUAUGGGACAUGAAAAUGAAUAGAGUCAAGCACAAAUUCUCAGAUGAGGGAUGUUUACAAGGCACCACACUGUCCGUUGCACCUUCCAACCAGUUCCUAGCAGCAGGAUCGGCACAAGGAGUAGUAAAUAUGUACAAUAUGAAUGAUGUAUUUAAAUCAAACACACCAAAACCAAGAAAAACCAUUUUGAAUCUUACCACAGCUAUCAAAGACCUAAAGUUCAAUCCAUCGUCUGAGAUACUAGGAUUUUGUUCAGCCGAUAUACAGAAUUCCGUCAAGUUAUUCCAUGUGGGAUCUGAAAAUGUGUUCAGUAAUUUCCCAAAUUUUAGUACCAAAAUGGGUCAUACUAAUGUUUUGAAUUUUUCUCCUGGAGGUGGUUAUUGUGCUUUUGGGAAUAGGAAAUCUAUAGUUUCUUUGUACAGGUUAAAACAUUAUAAAAAUUAUUAGUUUUUUAUAUACCUAUAUUUUAUUG